AUGGUGGGUGGGAAUGAGUCCUCAGUAACUGAUUUCAUCCUUGUGGGACUCUUUCCUGAGUUUCGGCAUUCCAUUGUCCUCAACUCCACGAUCAUUUUCAUCUACAUCCUUGCCUUCUUGGGAAAUACACUUCUCAUUAUAUUGAUCUGGGCUGACACCCGACUCCAUAUACCCAUGUACAUUCUCCUCAGUCAACUCUCACUCAUUGACUUGACAUUAACUUCCACCAUUGUCCCGAAGAUGGCUUCUAAUUUUUUCACAGGGGAAAGGACAAUAUCAAGGAUUGGCUGUGGAACCCAGAGUUUCUUCUUCCUGAUGCUGGGAAUGUCAGAAUGUCUCAUUUUGACUCUCAUGGCUUAUGAUCGCUACGUGGCUGUCUGCAUUCCACUGCGUUAUCCCACCAUCAUGAGCCCCAGGUUCUGUCUGAAUACGAUAGCUGGGUGUUGGAUUGGAGGCUCUAUAAGUUCAUUUAUCCAUACAGUCUAUCCUAUGCAUUUCUCCAUCUGUGGGUCAAGAGAGAUCCAUCACUUCUUCUGUGAGGUCCCCGUCCUCAUUAAACUGUCCUGUGAAGACACUUCAGUGUAUCAGUUAGUGGUGGUGGUAACAAGCAUUGUGCUCCUUGUUGUGCCUUUCAGUCUCAUUACAGCCUCCUAUAGUCUUAUCUUCCUCACUGUUCUCCGUAUCAACUCUGUUAAGGGUAGAAAAAAAGCCCUGGCCACCUGUUCUUCCCAUCUAACUGUGGUGAGUCUCUUCUUUGGCCCAAACAUAUUCAUAUACAUGUCUUUCACUUCCUCCCAUAGUCCAGAACAGGAUCAGGCUCUCUCUCUCUUCAGCAAUAUUCUUACCCCCAUGUUAAACCCCCUCAUCUAUAGCCUGAGGAACAAGGAGGUGGUGGCAGCUCUCUGGAAGUUGCUGGGGAGAUGUGUGGUAUCUUAA